GCAACCUGUUGACAAAAUGGCUGAGGUCUAACAUGUAGGCCUGGCCUAGUUUAGCAGGGUGUGUUGGUAGUUUACCAGAGCCCUAGUCAUGGCGGAAUUCUCAUAGAGAUGCUAGGAUUAUAGAUAGUCUACUGGCUCGACAUAUUUUUAGUUCCUGGUACAUACACAGCAGACCACAGUCAAAAGUGGCACUUCUUGAAGUUUGCUCGCAUAGAGCUGAAUCCCUGUCAGCUGGCCGGGAACAGAUAUUGUACUAGCUCUAGCUGUGGUCAUCUAACAACUGCUGGACAUGAUGUAGUUAUGGUCAUCCGCCAACUGCUGGAUAUGAUGGAGCUAAAGGUUUGGGUGGAUGGUCUACAAAAAGUUGUGUGUGGUGCCAACUCCAGCACAACAUGCCAUGACGUGGUGUUGGCCCUGGCACAUUCUAUGGGCAGAACUGGCCGGUUUACACUGAUUGAAAAAUGGAGGGAAUCUGAGCGGCCACUAACCCCCACUGAAUGUCCACUACAGUCCCUGCAGAAGUGGGGGGGUUACGCUGCUGAGGUCAAGUUUUACCUGGUGCAUGCUGACCGCAGCUACCAGGGAAAGGAAACAUUCCGUCACACCCCUCCUCCUGGUCGUCAUGAACCUAACACAGACUCACUCAAGCGCUCAUCAACAUUCAGUGGUGUCCACUACAGGUCAGCUGGUUUUGUCACCAGCUCUUUAAACAAGCAAUCUUCUAGGACAGGAAGUCGUGGCAUUGGUGAGGAGUCCAACACAAACCCAGCAACACCAGAUCAGCUCAGAACUCAUUCUAGCAGUCACACCUCAGUCAGGUCAAACAAUUAUUUUUCAGUGUCUGGGCAUAUAUCCUCUCCACAAUCACAACUCCCUAACACAUCACAACAUCCACACCCUACCAACACAUCACAACAUCCACACCCUACCAACACAUCACAACUUCCAUACCCUACCAACACAUCACAACAUCCACACCUUCCUAACACAUCACAACAUCCACACCUUCCUAACACAUCACAACUUCCAUACCCUACCAACACAUCACAACAUCCACACCUCCCUAACACAUCACAACAUCCACACCUUCCUAACACAUCACAACACCCACACCUCCCUAACACAUCACAACAUCCACACCUCCCUAACACAUCACAACAUCCACACCUCCCUAACACAUCACAACAUCCACACCUUCCUAACUCAUCACAAUAUCCACACCUCAACACAUCACAACAUCCACACCCUACCAACACCUCGCAACAUCCACACCUCAACGCAUCACAACAUCCACACCUCAACGCAUCACAACAUCCACACCCUACCAACACCUUGCAACAUCCACACCUUCCCAUUCCCGCUCCCAGACGUAAUGUCAGUUCUCCAUUAUCACUUGACGGAUCAAGUCAAAGCAGUCAAACCACACAUCUAAACACUCAAACCACACAUCUAAACACUCAAACCACACAACUAAACAGUCAAACCACACAUCUAAACAGUCAAACCACACAUGAAAUUAAUUUAAACGCUGGGACUGCCCCCAGUCCAUCAGAGAAGACAUUGCACAGCCCAUCAGAUGGCAGCCAGUACCAAUGGUCACCUACAGACCUACAGUCUGAUGUGCAUGCAGCCCACCAUGACCUAGACAAGGAUACACCUGGCAGAGCCUUAACAUCAGCCACCAUAGAGAGCUCUGUCAGAGACAACCUCUCACCCUCUGCCAGCACAGGUCCUGAUGGAAAGAAAACUUUGAAUGAGAAUCUUCCACCUAGUGGCCACGUGAGCUCCAGUCAUAUGGCCACACAUGAUAGUGUCAACAGAGAAAAUGUUUUGACAAAACUUGAAACACAGAAGAUGAGUUUUGUUGAGUCAGCAGUCAAAAAUUCCAAAACAGCUGGAGCUGCUAGAGCCCCUUCCUCGUUUGCUUCAGCAGUUGCACAUCUUCGACAGCACAGCAAUGAUGGACAUUUAGCAGCAGAUAAAACCUCUGCCCCCCAUGUAAGGCAGAGCAGCAAUGAUGGGGAACUUUCUGCCUUCAUGCAAGUUCCACCUCGUUCUAGCAGUAGCUCCACCCCAGUGGCGUUUAGCCUGGACACUGUCCACCACAAGAACAUUGGUCCAGGAUGGCACCACCAGGGCUCCCACUCCAGGCAAGCCAGCGUGGAGAUAGAAGAAUAUGACUUGGAUGAGAAGUUCCCCGACUACUCUGUUGGUGGUCUGCCACUAGAGUACAGCCUAGACAGUAUGCUGCCAGUCAACACAGAGUAUUUGCAGCUCAUUCAAUUCAUCCAAAUCCAGGGGGAGAGAAUUGACAUGCAAGAAGUCAAGCUACAGGAAACCAGCAUGGAGAUUUCUGCCCUAGAAUCCCAGCAUUGGCCAAAUGAGGACAACUCUGGCCAACUGAGCCUGGCCCAGAAGCAGGAGCUGGCCCAGCUUGAGCAGGCUGACUGGGCCAGUGUUUUGGCCAGCCAUCAGCAACAGGAGGAGAACUUGAAGAAUCAGCUUGCCAGGAUGGGUGGACAGCUUGAGGAGCUUGAGAGAAAACUUGGUCAACUCCAGGAACAGGAGGAGAGGCUCAGCCAGGACUUGUUGCUGGCUGUGGAGGAAAGUAUCAACACUGAAGUGUCAUUGCUGAAAGAGAAGCUGCUCAAAGUGGACAAACAAAUUGGUGAGGAUAACAAAAAACUGGAGAACAUGAAAUCUCUGAUCAGUCAAAUGGAAGAAUUAAAACAGAGCAAGAGCCGCGAGGAGGCUGAAUUAGAAAAACUGGUGUCUGGUAAAACUGUCAAACAAAUAUCCAGCUCAGAGCCCAUCAACAGUCCCAAGUCUCCAACCCUCACAUCAGCUGCAGAUAGUGGAGAGACCAUAAUAAAAAUCUUAGAAGGUCUCUCCUCACCCUACCCAGAGGGCCUGGCCACUACAUUUAAAUCACAGAACCCCAAUGGAGUCUGGGUUUGAUAGGACCACUUCUGGCUGUGUGAUAGGACCACUUCUAGCUGUGUGAUAGGACCACUUCUAGCUGUGUGAUAGGACCACUUCUAGCUGUGUGACAGGACCACUUCUAGCUGUGUGACAGGACCACUUCUGGCUGUCUGAUAGGACCACUUCUGGCUGUGUGACAGGACCACUUCUGGCUGUGUGACAGGACCACUUCUGGCUGUGUGAUAGGACCACUUCUAGCUGUGUGAUAGGACCACAAAUUAUUAAUACCAGCUGCCAGCCCUAUUCCCACAAUAAUUGUUGAUGUCAAAUUAUUAAUACCAGCUGCCAGUCCUAUUCCCACAAUAAUUGUUGAUGUCAAAUUAUUAAUACCAGCUGCCAGUCCUAUUUCCACAAUAAUUGUUGAUGUCAAAUUAUUAAUACCAGCUGCCAGCCCUAUUCCCACAAUAAUUGUUGAUGUCAAAUUAUUAAUACCAGCUGCCAGCCCUAUUUCCACAAUAAUUGUUGAUGUCAAAUUAUUAAUACCAGCUGCCAGACCUAUUCCAACAAUAAUUGUUGAUGUCAAAUUAUUAAUACCAGCUGCAAGACCUAUUUCCACAAUAAUUGUUGAUGUCAAAUUUUUAAUACCAGCUGCCAGCCCUAUUCCCACAAUAAUUGUUGAUGUCAAAUUAUUAAUACCAGCUGCCAGCCCUAUUUCCACAAUAAUUGUUGAUGUCAAAUUAUUAAUACCAGCUGCCAGCCCUAUUUCCACAAUAAUUGUUGAUGUCAAAUUAUUAAUACCAGCUGCCAGCCCUAUUCCCACAAUAAUUGUUUCCUGUGAAUACUCAAGCAAAAAUAAAUGUUACUAAAACUGGAGCUUGUAACUUUGAUCUUGUUAAGCCCUCCCAAAUCUUGCCAAAAAUAUCACCACAUGAUUUUGAGUGAGGUGACCUCUGGUCAAGAAUGUUUGUACAUUUAUAAUACUUGAUACUGAUUUGUUUGUACAUGAACAAUGUUUAUAUUUAUAUCUUUGUGAUCAAAAUAUAUUGUUAUUUAAUCUGU